AUGCUAAAGAUCUACACAGCCUAUCUGAAUCGCCUCAGCGGAAGUGCUGACAAACAUGGGCGAUUGAGUCUGGGUUCUGGUUCUGGUUCCACUUGGGCUGAAGAAGUGAAACAGCUUCUAAGCGCAGUUGAAGACCUCUUGAUUCCCUUCAUUCGCGCCGCCGAUGAAGACCCUCACGGACCGGCGCUGAAGAACGGGCUCAACGGAAGUGACAAUGGCCUCAAUGGGACGAAUGGGACCAACGGCGCCCACAAACCACCCACCAGCUCGCUAGUCGACUACAAAAAGCCCGAAGAGCUGCAAGAACUUCUUCAAUUAGAGCUCCCCAUGCAAGGCGCCGGGCAGGACGGCCUCCUCGACGUGCUUCGCAAAGUCCUCCGCUUCUCCGUCAACACCUGGCACCAGGGCUUCCUCGACAAACUGUAUGCGUCGACCAACGCCCCCGGCGUGGCGGCCGAGCUCAUCCUCGCGGCCCUGAACACAAACGUCCACGUCUACCAGGUGUCACCGGCGCUCACCGUGAUCGAGAAAUACACCGGCCAGCAGCUAGCGGCGCUCUUUGGCCUGACCGGGCCACGCGCCGGCGGCAUCUCCGUGCAGGGCGGCUCGGCCUCCAACACGACCUCGAUCGUGAUCGCGCGCAACAACCUCUUCCCGGACACCAAGUCAAACGGCAACGGCGACCACCGCUUCGUGCUCUUCACCAGCGCCCACGGCCACUACAGCAUCGAAAAGGCCGCGCAGAUGCUAGGCCUCGGCAGCAGCGCCGUCUGGGCCGUCCCCGUCGACAAGCAGGGCCGCAUGAUCGCCGCCGAGCUGGAGACCCUCGUCCAGAAGGCCCUCCGCGAGAACCGCACGCCCUUCUACGUCAACGCCACCGCUGGCACCACCGUCAUGGGCUCCUUCGACCCGUUCGCCGACAUCGCCGCCAUCUGCCGCCGCUACAACCUCUGGCUCCACGUCGACGGCUCCUGGGGCGGCUCGUUCGUCUUCUCCCCCCGCCAACGCCACAAGCUCGCCGGCGCCCACCUCGCCGACAGCAUCGCCAUCAACCCGCACAAAAUGCUCGGCGUCCCCGUCACCUGCUCGUUCCUCCUCGCCGCCGACCUGCGCCGCUUCCACCGCGCCAACACCCUCCCCGCCGGCUACCUCUUCCACAACGACGACGAUGAGACGCCGUCUGGCGGGUGCGGCGGCGGCGAGUCCGAGCUGGCGGCCGACUCGCCCGAGGUGUGGGAUCUGGCCGACCUCACACUGCAGUGCGGCCGCCGCGCCGACUCGCUGAAGCUCUUCCUCGGCUGGACCUACUACGGCACCGCGGGGUACGAGCGCCAGAUCGACGCCGCCUGCGACGUAGCCGCGCACCUGGCCACCCUCGUCGCCGAGAACCCCAACUUCAUCCUCGUCAGCGAGAACCCGCCGCCGUGUCUGCAGGUGUGCUUCUACUACGCUCCCGGCGGGCGGCUGCUGCACCCGCGCGGCAUUGCGUCGAAUGAGAGCGAGCGCGGCAGGGCCAAUAGCAAAGUCACUGAGCGCGUGACGCACGCUAUCGUUUCCAAGGGCUUCAUGGUGGACUUUGCGCCGCCCAGUGGGGACGAGGAUGCGGUCGGAGACGGAAAGUUCUUCCGCUGCGUGGUGAAUGUCCAGACGACGAGGGAGACUGUCGAGAACCUGCUGCGGGCGAUUGAGGAGGUCGGUCCCGGUAUCGUGGAUGCGAUGAGCGUGCGGAAUGCGCCGGCGAAUUUCCGGACGCUGGGGGAACGAGGUCAUGGGCCGGUGGUUCACCAUCCUUGA